AUGAACAACUACGAGGUGAUCCGGCAGAUAGGAGAGGGCGCGUUUGGGAAAGCGUUCUUGGUGAGGGAGAAAGACGGUGCUGGCGGCAGACAAUGUGUAAUUAAAGAGGUUAACAUGAGGCGGAUGUCCCCACGUGAGAAGGAGUCAUCCAGAAAAGAAGUGACUCUUCUCUCCAAAAUGAAACAUCCAAAUAUUGUGGCCUUCUUUAAAUCAUUCCAGGAGAGAAACAGCCUCUAUAUUGUGAUGGAGUAUUGUGAUGGUGGGGAUCUGCUGAAAAGGAUCAAUACGCAAAGAGGCCAACUCUUCUCAGAGGAACAGAUAACAGACUGGUUUGUCCAGAUCUGUCUGGGGCUCAAACACAUCCAUGACAGGAAAGUCCUUCACAGAGACAUCAAGUCACAGAAUAUCUUUCUCACACAAGGUGGAAUUAAAGUCAAGCUGGGAGACUUUGGCAUCGCAAGAAUGUUAAACAACACGAUGGAGUUGGCGCGCACCUGUGUGGGCACACCAUUCUACCUGUCCCCAGAGAUAUGUGAGAACAGACCAUACAACAACAAAACAGAUAUCUGGUCUUUGGGUUGUGUCCUCUAUGAACUCUGUACACUAAGACAUCCAUUUGAGGGGAGCAGUCUGAGGCAGUUGGUGUUGCGUAUCUGUAGGGGGCGCUAUAACCCGGUAUCUCAGCGUUAUUCUGCAGAGCUGAGGCUACUGAUUACCCAGCUGUUUAAAGUCAGCCCCCGUGACAGGCCGUCUGUCAACUCACUACUCAAACGCCCACUGCUGCAAACACGCAUCAGCAAACACCUCGAUCCACAGUUACUGGAAGAGGAAUUCAGUCACACAGUUUUACACAGAGAGAAACCACCACAUGUCAAACCCAAAAACAACACAGAUAAAGUAUCCAAGGCCAGAGCUCCACCGAAGCCCAGGCUUGUGCAGAAACCUGGGCCCUCAGGAACCAAACUGCACCAGAGAGCAGAUCACAGGACCCCUGCAGUCAGAGCCUUCAUGCCUCACUACACACCAGUGAACCAGCGACCAGCGGCAGUCAGGCGCUACGGCCAGUUUGACCAAAGGCCGGGCGGUAGGGGAAACCAUUAUGACCAGUAUCAUGGCGAGCUGGACCUCCUGGAGCACAGGCAGAAGGGCAAAGAUAAUCUUCAUCAUCCACCGCCUCCUCUUCCUCUGCAGCAGAGGCCUGUGGAGCUGGAGAAGCAAAAGGAUUGCCAUGGUGACAGGCCAAACAUUCUAGAACCCUAUCAGGUAGUAGCUGCAGCGAGGGAAGAGUAUCUAAGGAGAAGACAGGAGGCUAAUCAGUACAAACUCCGAGCAGAAAAACAGCUGGGUCUGAGGCCUUCCACAGCCGACACCGAUCGUUACCGAAUCCCUGAGCAGCAGCCGCAGUCAGAGCCCAAAACUGCCCCUCAGGACAGGAAAGAGCAGGGACAGCAGGAGUACCUGAGGCAGCUGCAGCAAAUCAGACAGCAGUAUCAUGAUGAGGUCAGAGAAAUCCGGAUGAAAGCUGGAGCUGAGCCCAGUGAUAUGGACAAAGCUCUGAGAGUGAUCCUACAGGAGAACAGAGAGGAGAGGAGAGAACUACAGAAGAAAUACAGAGACAAGAAAGGAAUCACGUUUGAGAUCAGCCUUAAUGAUGAAGAGAUUAAAGUAGAGAAAGAGAAAGGAGGGGAGCAGGAAGAAAAGACAGGACCAGACAAGAGUGAAGAAGAGGACCCUCUGAAUCAGACGUUGAGUUUUCAGGCUGGUGAGGAGCUGAGACUCAAAGACUGGAGCAGGGUCACUGAGGAGUGGGCGCAGGGUGCUCCCCAGACCUUACUAAACGCUCUCGCUCACAUGGAUGUGUCUUCAGUCUGCCCAACAAUGAGUACUGCUGAUCUGGGUGGAGUCGAGCUGCAGGAAAGGGAGGGGCAACAUUCUGAUGGGCGGAGACACUGGACAGACCGCCCACCUAACACACUGUUAAAUGCUCUGGGCGAAGCACAGCUCACCAGCUCAACCCUGGGCACUGUGAUGGCGUGGGAAGACACGGCUGAGGAGGAGCAGAAGAGAGAUGAAGAUUGUAAUAAAGAAAACACUGAAAAAAACCCUGCUGCUGCUGCUGCUGAUGAUGAUGAUGAUGAAGAUGAUGAUGAUGAUGAUGUGGAGGUCAACGAGGAACGACUAGAGCCCAGAUCAGACGAUGAUGACACGAACUUCGAGGAGUCUGAGGAUGAGUUGAGAGAGGAGGUGGCAGAGUCCAUGAGAGAUCUCUUCACCACAGAGAAGACAGAGAGUGAGGAGAACAGAGACGGGCGAACAGCUGUCGACGGAAGAGAGAACGAGGGCUCUGCAGACGAGGAAAGGAUGGAAGAUAAGGGCAAAGAGAAGGGUGAGGAGAAAGACAAAAAGACAGAAAACAAAGACACAGACGCAUUCACGGAAGCGUCUCCAGAGUCUGAGACCCCAGCUGACCAUGGCGACCAAUCACAGACUGUAGAGGAGGGCCACGCCCAGUCCGAGGACAUAUGA